AUGGUGAAUUCCGACCUGAGAAAGCUGACGAAGAAGGAGCGACAACUGCGGGACAUGGUAGAAGCCAUUCAGGAGUUCGUGAACGAGUAUCAGGAGGGACGCGAUCGAAGUUCAGUUCCAGCAAGGCUGAAGAAGUUGGACGAGGUCUACGAUUCUUUCUGCGAUGUGCGCGCUGACAUCGAAAUACUCCUCGAAGAAUGCGACACCGAUGAUGAGGAGGGUAAAGAUGUUCCAGCAGCGGUUCGCGAACAGACCAUGGCGGCCAAGGUGAAACAACGCAGCGAACAAAAUUCCAAGAUCCUGAAGACAUUCAUCCAACAAUACUUCCGACUGAAGGCAUCAUUAGAAGGUUUCAUGCACGGGCCCGGUUCAAGCAGUCAACUGGUCCCAGCACCACCGAACAACGCACCGGCGGCGGCCUCCCCUAUGCGUGUGAAGCUACCCGAAUUGAAGAUUCCGACGUUUCGGGGAUCGCUCAUGGAAUGGGUCACUUUUAGGGACACGUUCAAAACCCUAAUUGUCGACAAUCCUCACUUGACCGAUAUCGAUCGGUUCACAUACCUUCGAACUUCGUUGGCGGGAGAAGCGCUGCAGCAGAUUGCGUCGAUUGACCUCACGGCGGACAACUACUCCAUAGCGUGGCGCUCAUUAGAGUCACGCUACGAAAACAAGAAGCUUCUGGUGAAGUCCCACAUAGAUGCUCUAUUCGCAGUCAACCCGAUGAAGAAGGAGUCCUUCGAAGCGCUGAAUCACGUCAUCGGCGAGUUUGAGAAACAUCUACAGAUGCUGACGAAGCUCGGCGAAGAUACUCAACAUUGGAGUACGCUUCUGGCUCACAUGCUGGCCAGCAAGCUCGAUCCCACAACACAACGACUGUGGGAAACGGAACAUCGCUCAACAGACGUUCCCAAAUAUGACGACAUGCUGAAGUUCCUAACGAACCACAGGACAGUUUUGCGUUCGAUUUCCGGUGAAACACAAGCACCAAAGGAGCCGAAGAAAUUCUCAAAGUUUAGCAGCAGUUAUUCGGUUCAGCAGCAGUCGUGUCCAUUCUGCAGUGACGGUCAACAUUGGACGUACCAGUGCAAGCGGUUCAGGGAGAUGAGAGUCGACGAGCGGAGGAAUGCAGUGAAGGUCAACGAUUUGUGCUUCAAUUGUCUCGGUCGCGGUCACACUUCAAAGGUCUGUUCCCGAGGCGCCUGUCGUGUUUGCGGUCAACGACAUCAUUCAUUGCUGCACAUCAACAGCACUAAUGAGCAGCAGGCACCGCAAUCGAACAAGCGCUCGCAACAGUCACCACAGAACCCACAAUCGAGUCAGACAAGUUCAUUCUCACAGCACAAAAAGCCAACACAUACCAAUCCUCAGCAAUCCUCAAACCAAUCUUCCAAAAACCCCAUUCCUAUAGCCAAUCCAAGCAUGCAAACGCCACCUACUCUAGACACUCCUAACGUUGUACUCACCGCUCAAGAAGCCAAGGUGUCACGAUCGGUUCUGCUAGCAACUGCGAUCGUGAUCCUUGAAGACCCCUUUGGAAACACCAUGCAAGCUAGAGCAUUGCUUGACAGCGGCUCUCAGCUGUGCUUUAUUUCUGAACGAGCAUCGCAGCGUUUGAAAUUCAAGCGCUCUCGCGAAGCACUUUCGAUUAGUGGUAUCGGUCAAGCCGCUAAGAAGUGCAAGCAAUCCAUUUUCGCUCGGGUUCGCUCUCGUAUUUCGUCGUUCACUGGGGAAGACGUAUUCUACGUGCUUCCACAAGUUACGCUUAACCUUCCCACCCGGAAGAUUGAUUCCAACAGUCUGCAACUUCCGGAGGGCAUCGCACUCGCCGAUCCACUUUUCACGGAACCCGGUAGCGUGGAUGUGAUUAUCGGGGCAGGAUUGUUCUUCGACCUGCUCCUCAAGGAGAAAUUCAAGCUCGGAGAAGAUGGACCAGUCGUACAAAACACGAACCUCGGCUGGAUUGUAUGCGGAAACCUUCCUAUCGAGACAGAUGUGCUGAGACCGCACGUUGCCAAUCUGUGCACCGAAAGGCUGGAUGAUCUACUCACGCGAUUCUGGGAGCUGGAGUCGUGCAAAACGAACAGUGUGCUGUCAUUGGAAGAAUACGCCUGCGAGAAGCUCUUCGACCGUACAACGGUGCGGGAUGGAAGUGGGCGGUUCAUUGUAACACUUCCCAAGAAGGACUACUUGAUUCGUCAACUUGGGGAUUCGAAAUCCACGGCGAUGCGCCGUUUCUUGUCGCUGGAACGCCGGCUAGACCAGAAUCCACAACUCAAGCAAAUGUACAGCGAGUUCAUUCACGAAUACCUUCGCAUGGGCCACAUGGAGGAGGUUGUCGCGGACGAAGAAGAUGCUGCACUGCCGCAGUACUUCAUUCCGCAUCACUGCGUCAUCAAACCCGACAGCACAACUUCGAAGCUACGGGUAGUGUUUGAUGCAUCGUGUGCUACGUCGACCGGAGUCUCCCUCAAUAAUGCGUUGAUGGUGGGGCCGACGGUUCAGGAUGAUAUCAUUUCGAUCGUCCUUCGCUUCCGAUUUCAUCGGAUUGCCAUCGUAGCGGACGCCGAAAAGAUGUACCGUAUGGUACUGCAACAGUGGACGGAUCGCAAACUGCACAAGAUCUUCUGGCGAGAUAGUCGGAACGAGGAAAUCCGAGUCUUCCAGUUGAACACCAUAACGUACGGGACGGCGUCAGCGCCGUAUUUGGCCACGAAAUGUCUUAAGCGACUCGCAGAACUGGAUGGACACAAGUACCCUGAAGCAGCAAAAAUCCUCAGCAAAGACUUUUACGUUGACGACAUGAUGACUGGAGUGGACAGUGUAGAAGAUGGAGUCAAGCUGUGCAGCGACAUGCAGCAGCUGCUGAAAGGCGGAGGAUUCAACCUGCGAAAGUGGAGUAGCAACUGUCCAGCUGUUUUGGAGGAAAUACCCGCGGAGCUCAAGGACGACCGCAGUUCGUUCGAGCUCGACGACUCAAGCGCUACCAUAAAAACCCUUGGUCUAGUCUGGGAGCCCAGGAUAGAUGUAUUCCGCUUCAAGGUUCCGGAAUGGACAUCUUCGGUGAUCUGCAAACGUUCGGUCGUUUCCGACCUAGCAAGAAUCUUCGAUCCGAUCGGGCUAAUCGGAGUUGUGAUCGUCUCUGCCAAAAUAUUCGUCCAGACCCUCUGGAGACAGAAGGUUUCCUGGGAUGAACCUCUGCAAGAUGAGCUCCGAACUCAAUGGAUCGAAUUCCGCACCAGCCUUUCGAGGCUCGAAAAUCUGCAGAUUCCGAGAUGGAUUGCCUUCCGGAAAGAUUGUCUCUCGUUGGAGCUCCACGGCUUUUGUGAUGCAUCAAUGAAGGCCUAUGGAGCAUGUAUAUACGUCCGAUGUACACACUUUGAUGGGACAAUCACAUCCAACUUGCUGGUAGCCAAGUCACGAGUCGCACCGCUUGCUGAACUGGGUAAGAAGAGGAAGCAGCUCACAAUUCCACGACUAGAGUUGUCUUCGGCUGUACUUCUCGCGCACCUGUAUGAGAAAACUUCGGCGAGCAUUCCGGUACCCGCUCAAUCGUAUUUCCACACCGAUUCUAUGAUCGUGAGAUACUGGCUCUCAUCAAAUCCGUCGCGAUACCAAAUGUUCGUGGCGAACAGAAUCUCCGAAGUGCAGCAUCUGACGAAGAACGGAACCUGGCGACAUAUUGCAGGCAUUGACAAUCCCGCGGAUGGCCUAUCGCGCGGUGUUUCACCUGCAGAUCUACAGCAGAACUCGCUAUGGUGGGAAGGUCCGGGCUGGUUACGACAAGAGAAGAACUGCUGGCCGGAAACACAAGAAGUAGUACUGGAGGAGCUCGAUCGUUCGUGCUUAGAAGAAGGUUCCACAGUAGCUUCAGUAGCAGCAAUUUCGCCACCUAGUGAAGUCUUCGGUCUACGUUCCACACUGCACCGGUUAGAAAAAUUGGUUGCCAUGUUGCUGCGCUUCAAACACAACGCUCUUCACGCACGUGGAUCGAUUCCCAAGAAGUACGGUCCGGUAUCACUUGCAGAACGAGAGGACGCUCUACUGCAUCUUGUGAAGCUGUCACAGAAGGAGUGCUUCGCUCAAGAAAUCGCCGAUCUUGAAAGAAAGGGAGAAGUCAAGCCAACUUCUCGAGUCAACACACUCCAUCCACGGCUGGUCGAAGGCGUACUUCGGGUUGGCGGCCGGCUGGAAAAUGCUCCAAUUUCGACGGACCGGAAGCAUCCUGUGCUGUUGGACAAGAACCACCCGCUAACGUUCAUGAUUAUGCGUCGUUUCCACUUCGAACACCUUCACGCUGGACCACAACUGUUGGUAGCCAGUGUCCGGGAACGCUUCUGGCCACUCAGCGCACGCAGUCUCGCUAGGACGAUCGUGCACAGAUGCAUUACCUGCUUCCGGAAUAAGCCGACGGUCCAGAAUCAGUUGAUGGCUGAUCUCCCAGCGGAACGGGUUACCCCAGCGCCACCAUUUCUUCGGGUAGGCGUUGACUACUGCGGACCCUUUCUGAUCAACUACCCCAAUAGAAGGCGAAUCACCGUUAAGCACUACGCAGCCAUCUUUGUUUGCUUGGUCACUAAAGCGGUCCACAUCGAGAUGGUUGCUGACCUUACAACCCAAGGUUUCCUGGCCGCACUAAAACGGUUCGUGGCCAGACGUGGAAAACCAGCCCUUAUUACGUGCGACAACGGCUCUAACUUCGUUGGAGCAAGGCGGCAGUUGGAUGAACUUGCCGCUCUGUUCAGAGGCCAGCAAUCCCAGCAAGCAAUUACUGCGGGUGCUGCGGAUGCUGGAAUAGAUUCCAAAUUCAUUCCUGCCAAGUCCCCAAACUUUGGCGGUUUGUGGGAGGCGGCAGUGAAGUCCAUGAAGCAGCACCUGAAGAAGGUGAUAGGACUGCGAACAGUUACUCCUGAGGAACUCAACACGGUUCUGACACAAAUAGAGGCGUGUCUCAACUCUAGACCGCUUACACAGAUCAGCAGCGAUCCGAGUGACCUCGAUGUUCUGACUCCAGGCCACUUUCUCAUUCAACGCCCUCUGACGGCCGUGGCGGAACCGUGGCUGCAAGACGUUCCGGAGAACCGACUCUCCAGGUGGCAGAAGGCUGAAGAUUUCGUUCAGCGCGUGUGGUCCAGAUGGUCCACGCAGUAUUUGUCCGACCUGCACAACAGGACAAAGUGGACCCGCCAGAGGAACAACUUGUUCGUUGGCACAAUGGUGCUGAUCAAGGAGGAUAACCUUCCUCCUCUAAAAUGGCUUCUUGGAAGGGUGAUGCAGAUCCAUCCAGGCGUGGAUGGAAACAUCAGAGUCGUUACUGUCCGGACCAAGGACGGAAAUGUCGUUCGUGCUAUCUCCAAGAUAUGCAUCCUGCCAAUUAGCGAUAACGACCAACCACCAAUAGCUGAGGAGAACUAG